AUGGUCUCAGAUUGCAGCCUUAACUACUGUGCAGGUGGAUGCUUCUAUGGCUGUUUCGAACUUAAGACUAUCACACUAAAUCCCAGUGACAACAAGUACAUGUUUGAGAACGGCGCACUAACAGAUUACUACCAGACAAUUCUUUACUUCUUCCUUCCAUACAGUGGUGUUAAGAAUUUCGCUGUUCCAACAGACAUGGUCACAAUCGGCAACUGUGCUUUCAUGGGAUGUCCGACUCUUCAAAGAGUUUUCUUCUCUGGUAGUAAGAUACGUGAAAUAAGGUAUCAAGCAUUCAAAGAUUGCAGGAAUCUUAACUUCAUAUUCUUUUCUUUAUCAAGCUUAACAAUUAUUGAUAAUGAAGCAUUCGAUGGCUGUCCAUAUCUGAAGAAAUGUGGUUCUUUCCAAGCUCCACUAUCACUUCAAGAAAAGCUUAUAUCAGUUAAAAUCCCACAAAUUGCAUUUUCAGAUGACUGUGAUCAAGACUAUACAUGCAAAUCUGUGAAUCAAUUUUCGAUCUCUCUUGUAUUACUUACUCCUUUUGUUUUAAUAUAA